AGCAAGACGUACAAUCGAUGCAAAAAAAGCCCGUGCAAAGGUUUUUCCCCCAAAAUUCCAAUCUCUCAUGUCUCCCACAGUCUCCCUCCUCCAACGGCUACAUUUCCCUUCUCUCUCGUUCCUUUGUGUUCUCCUCCAUUUCCAUUCCAAAACCCUCUCGGUCUCUCUCUCCUCCUCUCUCUCGCUCUCCUCCGUUUUUUCUCUCUUUGUUUCUCUAGAUCUCGCAGCCAUGAAGCACUUCAUGCAGCCAAGAAAUGCGAUCUUGAGGGAGACGACGAUAGUCUCUCCGGCCUCGCCCCACCCUAGCGCAGCCAAGGCCCGGCCUUCGCGGAAGCAAAGGGGCUCCAAGGAUAACGCUCCGCCGUCGGAUCCGAGCUCGUUGCCCCCGAUUCCGGAGCGCUCGCCGGCCAUCUCCGCCGCCAAGUUGAAGAGCCCACUCCCGCCACGACCGCUGUCGUCGAACCCUCUCAAGAAAAAGCUGAGCAUGCAGACGGUUCCGGAGCAUUCCGUUAUUGGAACUUGCGAAUCUGGUGUCCAGUUUAAGAGUUUCUCUCAGAGGCUAGAAGAUGUUGAUGUUGACGUGUACUGAAGCCUCGACAAACUAAGGCUGGGCCAUCAUAGGGGUUCUCUUUCUUCUGGGAUUGCCUUGUAGAAUGGAGGGUGUGUUCCUAUUACUCUAAUCAUAUUAGAUUGAUAUUCGUGCUUUAGGCCCUAUAUAUGAUUCGUAAAAUAUUUUUUUCUUUUGUGCCUAAGACCGUUCGAUCUAGUGGCA